AUGCCUGUUGGUUUAGCACUUUGGGGAGUUGGUGCUUAUUCAGGUACAAGUUUAGGUCCUGUUAUUGGGGCAGUCUUACAAGUUGAAACUAAUGAUUGGAGAUGGAAUUUUUGGCUCUUAGCUAUAUUCACAGGUGUUUGUUCUAUCAUUUAUUUAUUAUUUAUGCCUGAAACUUAUCAUCCAAUGAUCCUAAAUGAGAAAGCUGAAAGGUUACGUCGAUUAACAGGGAAUCCAAAUUUGAUCAUUGAACAAGAUUUAAAUCAAAAUAAUCAACAAUCUAUAAGUGCAAAACUCAAAGAGAUGUUUUUGAGACCUUUUGAGAUUGGUCUUUUAGAACCAAUUGUCCUAUUGAUUAACAUUUAUAUUUCUAUACUAUAUGCAAUCAUGUAUCAUUGGCUUGAAGCAUUUCCUUAUUAUUAUGGUGAAGUUCGUGGUCUAUCAACAAUGGGAUCAGCUUUAACUUACAUGACAAUUGUCAUUGGUACCUUAUGUGGUGUGUCUAUUUAUAUUUGCUUAACAUUUAAGCAAUAUACCAACCCAAUGAUAAGGAAAGAAGUUGUUCAUCCAGAGGCAUUCUUACCAAUUGCUAUAUUUGGUAGUACAUUAUUACCAAUGGCUCUUUUUGUAUUUGGUUGGUCUGCAACGACAACAAAUCAUUGGUUUGGUUCAUUAAUUGGUGGUUGUCUUUAUGGUGCAUCUGGUAUUAUCAUGUUUCAAACAUUAUUGAACUAUGUUGGGAUGUCUUUCUAUAAGUAUGUUGCAUCUGCAUUUGCAAGUAAUGCUUUUAUGAGAUCUAUAUUUGGUGGAUGUUUCCCAUUAUUUGGUAGGGCAUUAUUCAAGAAUCUUUCAACACAAAAAUUUCCUGUUGCAUGGGGUUCAACAAUUUUGGGUAUCAUAGCAAUUUUUUUGAUAUCUGCGCCUGUGUUAUUUUAUUUCAAUGGUCCAAAAUUAAGGGCAACUUCAAAAUAUGCAGGAACUGGUGAUGAAGAAGUUGAUAAACAAUUCAAAUCUAAUAGUCAAGAAAAUUUAUAG